CAUGUUCCGCGGCUCGAAGUCGAACUAUCAAGGAACUUCACGCCUUCGAGACAUUCGCGGACGUUGCGUGGACGAGCUUGCCUCCUGCUCCCAGGCCUCCCUCCUGCAUUCAACGGUGUGCCCAGAGGUAUCCGCCGACCGGACUUGUUUUCCUUCUUCAGCUAUGGCUGAGUACGGCUAUGCGCGAGAACCGUACGACCCCUACAUGGCGUCGCAGAACCACGGCGCCCAAUGGCCUGACAUGAACCAGUACGGAAACAUGGCUCCACAUUUCGACGACGGUGGAGGGUACGAGUAUAGCCAGUACGGUGGCUCGGGAAGCGGGCAUAGUGCGUAUGGGAGAGGCCGCAGAGAUAGCAGAGGAGAUCCUUUCUUUCCCGGAGGGCACCCACCAACUCCAUUCCCUCAUGCGACCGGGGGACAGCCACUCGACUUCUACGACAUGACCCCCGCUGGCAUGGAGGAUUUCCCGGUGAAUGCUGAUCCAUACACUGGGUACGACCAACAGAUGUACACUGGGCGCCCACCGUCGCGCCAUUCCGUGUAUCCAAUGGACUACGAGCAGCCGCCACUUCACGAACAUUAUCCUAUGGACAUCGCCGACGACACUAUCCCCCCAUUUGUUGAUCCUAUCGAUCCUCGCUCUCCUUAUCCCGGGACUAUGCAUCAAACGCCGGGAUUUGCCAAUGGAAUCCAUGGUGGACAGUUUCCCAAUUACGUGCCCACGCAUCGGUCGGGCAUGGUUUCUCCCGCCGUACCCAAUAUCCCGGCACACAGAAACUAUUAUUCCUCGCGCCGUCGAUCUCGCUCCCGCUCUAGGUCCCCUACUGACACCGACUAUACUCGUUCCUCCGAUUCGUACGAUACGCGCGAUCCGUAUUCCCACCAGUAUUAUCCCGCACAAGCUGCAGCUAUACCGGGUUACAUAUCGCAGACCGUGACGUACAGGACCGUACAUCCAAGUCUCCACUCACCGACUGUCAUCCAACCGUCUCGAACUCGGCCAAUCGUCGUCCCCAUCAACGGCGGCACAGGUGGAUAUGUCGUUAUUCCUGCUGUUGGACAAACUCUCCGGGUGGUGGACCCGACAGGCUAUAACAUGCAGCCAGGCGACCGCUCCCUCCUUAAUCGCUUCUUCUCCCCGUCCAAGUGGGGAGUCCAGACACGACGAGGGUCCAAGUGGUUUUA